AUGCCUUCUACUACUCUUCAAUGGCUAAGCCUUGUUGGCAUCAUUUGGCUCCAAGCCAUAAUUGGGACAAACACUAACUUCCCUGCUUACUCUUCCGAGCUAAAGCAAUUUCUUUCCAUUUCCCAAGUCCAACUCAAUAACCUUGCCUUUGCCUCUGAUGCAGGCAAGCUUUUUGGCUGGUUUUCUGGCCUAGCUUCUGUUUACCUCCCCCUUUGGCUUGUCCUCUUGAUUGGUUCAACUCUUGGCUUAAUUGGUUAUGGUGUGCAAUAUCUCUUCAUAACCCGCCAAAUUUCCUCUUUGUCCUUUUGGCAUGUGUUCUUUCUAACUUUUCUUGCUGGCAAUAGCAUUUGUUGGAUCAACACAGUGUGCUAUGUUGUCACCAUAAGGAACUUCCUAUCAGAUCGCCAAGUUGCCGUGGGAAUAACAACUAGCUACCAAGGACUAAGUGCGAAGAUUUAUGCCAACGUUGUUGAUGCUGUUUUUCCUGACAAAAAGGCUAAAGCAUUUCUCUUCCUGAACUCUCUCUUACCUGUGAUAGUUGGCCUAAUAGCAGCUCCUCUAGUCAGAGAAAUUGAUGCCACAAGUCCUAAACACACGCGUGUUGGGUUUGCUGUGAUGUUUGCCAUAACAAUUUCCACUGGAAUAUAUGCUGUGUUGAGUAGCUUGCAAUUUAUCACAAGCAAAGCAUCUUCACUAGGUAUCAUGACUGGUAUUCUUUUGUCCCUUCUCUUGCCUCUUCUAGUCCCACUCUCAGUGAAGAUCAAGGAACUAAAGGAAAAUAGAGAAAAAUUGAGAGUCUACCAUUUUACCACGGAGGAGAAUAAUAGUGAAGAAAGGAUGAAGAACGAGGUGAAAGAGGGUGAAGUUCAAGAAGAGGUUGGUAUUAUAGAAGAAGUUGGAGUGAAGUUGAUGCUGAGAAAAAUAAAUUUCUGGUUAUAUUUCUUGGUUUAUUUUUUCGGUGCAACAGUAGGUUUAGUAUAUCUUAAUAACUUGGGGCAAAUAGCUGAAUCCCGGGGUUGCUCUAACACUUCAUCUUUGGUAUCUUUGUCAUCAUCAUUUGGGUUCUUUGGCCGUCUUAUGCCAUCUCUUAUGUACUACUUCUACAGUGGAAAAUGUAGACUUUCAAGACCUGCUUCUCUGUUGGCAGUGAUGGUUCCAACAUCAGGUGCAUUUUUCCUACUUCUGAACAAAACAGACCUUGCCCUUUACAUCAGCACUGCAGUGAUUGGAGUGUGCACUGGAGCAAUCACUUCCAUUGCUGUUUCCACAACCACUGAGCUAUUUGGUACCCAGCAUUUCUCAGUGAACCAUAAUGUGGUGGUGGCCAACAUUCCUAUUGGCUCCUUCCUAUUUGGCUAUUCAGCUGCACUUAUUUACCGUAAGGAAGAAGAUGGACAUGGACAUGAUGAUCAAGGGCAAUGCAUGGGCAUGGAAUGCUACAGAAACACUUUUAUCAUAUGGGGUUCCUUCUGUUUCCUUGGAACUCUUUUGGCUUUGAUUCUUCAUGCUAGGACUCGCAAGUUUUAUUCACAAAAACAAUAG